AUGCCCUACCAGCUGUGCAAAGCCCAAGAGCGGUCAUGGCAACCCCUCCGGAGAAGACUCUACAAAUCUGGCCGGAAAGUGGACAAUGAACAAGUCACUGUCAGAUGGUUUCGCUCAGGUUCUGGCCCUCAAGGUGUUAAUGUCAUGAUACGCAAAGCUACUAGCGUGGCCUCGAUGCAUUUGAAAAUUAAGCAGCCGUCCGAGAAUGACUUGCAGAUGGAACAGACUGCAACAGCAGCUUCAAUUCCGGGGACGACCGAGAAAUACAUCUUGGACUGGAAACGGCGUAACAGUCACGACGCCUUCUUCGGGGAUAUCGAAGGCCGGAGCAGAUGGAUCAGUUAACAAGAGGCCAAGGACAACGGGGCGCAGGGGGAUUGGAAGGAGGACGACAGCGACGGCAAGCUGGUUCAGGCCAUAGGCAAGAAGCCGGACGAUGCUUGGACAGCCACGCAUCUG